GCGGGUGCCGCGUCCAUUAGCAGGCGGUCAGCGUCACGCACAGCGACACCAUGCUCCCGCGUCUGAAGCGCGCGCUCCGGCAUAAUAACGCGUCUUACCGGGGAUCCAUCCCGCCGUGGAGCGCGUGUGUACGGGCAGUGUUUUGCAGUCACCUGCGUUUAAUAUGGCAUGUUUUGAUGUUUCUGACCAUCCUGUGUGUGGUGCUACAGUUACUGAGUGCAGUUCUUCAGUCUCGCAACAAGACCAAACCAUCUGACCACAAGGUGAUCAAUCCUCUUCAAAAUGAACAGCAAGAUGCUCAGUUUAUCAUGGAGAACUUUAAUGUAAACAAAGCAGCCUUACGCCAUUUCCAGUGGAAUGGUGGAAAAGAAGAGGGACUGAAUAAGCUUACAGAACCUGCUCGAAGUCUCACUACCACAUCUGGGAAGAUCUUAAACCCAAAGCUAGUGAUCAAAGUGGGUAUAGAACAUGACCCCAAAAGCGAAUUGGUGGUUGAGCAGGAAGUCCUAAAACAGGCACUUUUGAAGAAAGGAUUUCAUGAAGCUCCACUAUCUGGUCAGAAUCAUGACGCUAAACAAACGUCUAGCUUUUUAGCCAGUGUCCAAAAUGGUACGUGUCACCCGAAGAACCAUGUCGUCUUUCUGAAAACGCACAAGACGGCCAGCAGCACCAUCCUCAACAUCCUGUAUCGCUAUGGUGACACCCACAACCUGACAUUUGCACUGCCGGUGAACAUGCACAGCCAACUCUACUACCCAAACUUCUUCAUGUCGCACUUCGUCGAGGGCAUAAAGUCUCACAGAGUGACAAAGUUCCACAUCAUGUGCAACCACAUGCGCUUCCGAGGGCCCGAGGUGAGAAAGGUCAUGCCCUUGGACACAUUUUACUUCUCCAUCCUGCGCAAUCCCGUGUCCAUGAUGGAGUCCCUGUUUACAUACUACAAAUCAAUCCCAGCUUUCCACAAAUUCAAGACCCUUGAGGACUUUCUACAUGACAAUGGUCAUUCUUACAGCGCUGCUGCACCUAGUAAUCAUUACGCUCGUAACAUCCUGACCUUCGACUUCGGCUUCAACAACUCUGCACCACAGAACGAAGUGGAACUGGACCAACAAGCCACAGCUGUGAUUGCCUCUGUGGAGAGUGAAUUCCACCUGAUCCUCAUUUCGGAGUACUUUGAUGAGUCUAUGGUGUUGCUUAGACACGCCCUCUGCUGGACAUUGGAGGACGUGACGUCGUUCCGAUUGAACAGCCGAAGCAAUAUAUCGCGCAAAUCCCUGAGUGCAGAAAUGACAGAACAGGUGAAGAAGUGGAGUUCUUUGGACUGGAGACUGUACCAACACUUUAACGCUAGCUUCUGGAGGCGAAUAGAUACAUUGAUAGGUCGUGCUAAGCUCCAAGAGGAAGUGGAGCUUCUCAGAGCUAGAAGGGCAGUACUGGAGCAAACCUGCCUUUUAGGGGGCAAAGCUGUGGAUCCAGCUCACGUACAUGAUUUGUCAUUGAAGCCAUUUCAGUAUGGCAUAGCAGUUAUCCAGGGAUAUAACCUCCGCCCAGACCUGGACAACAACACGCGCCAACUUUGUCAGAGGCUCAUCACUCCCGAGCUGCAGUACACCAUGGCUUUGUACAAAAAACAGUUCCCUGUUCUCGCUGCUAAAAUGGCUAAUAAAAAGACCAUAAAUACGGCGAAAAAAAACACACAUACUGAGGCACGAAAAGCUAACGUGCGUGAAUUACCUAAAGGCAGUAGGGAUGUUAAAGGUGAAGCAAACUUAACUAAAGCAAAACAAAAAUCCAUAAAGACAAACGAACCCCAACCUACCAGUAAACAGUGAAUAAUGCUAAAUGUGCCUUAGCCUGUGCUGCUGCAUGUGUUAAUUACCUCUCAAUGUUUUGAAGAUUUCUGUUAAAGGUCUUAAAUGUGGUGGUCAGGAAAAAAAAUGACAAAUGAAUGUUAAAUGCUGUUUAUGCAAAACUGAUCAGUUGUUGGUUCUUUUACAUUUGAUUAGCUUUGAUUGAUCCUCUUGGGUCUUAAAACUGUGGCUAAUUUGUUAGCUAGGGGGAAUACAAACUCAAAACUACGUUUUGGCGACUUAUUAUUAUUAUUAUUGAGCUAAUGUGAACUUGCCCUAAUUCUGUAUGGAUGCUAACAGUAAAUUAAUUUUUUUAUUGAAAUCCCAAAAAAUGGUAUACAAGGAAAAAAGAGAUGGGAAAUACGGGUAAAGCACUUCAGUGUUUUUUAUUUUUGUCCUUUUUUGAGGUGAGGUCUAUACAUGCAGCUGAAUUUGUGUAGAUUUUUUGGGGGACAAAAUCCUAACAAUGGUACGAAUGUCACUUCCAUAGAACUAAUUUACUUUUAAUAAUGAAUAAUUUAUACUCAAAACCACAGAGUCCUGUUCUGUUUCUCUCUUUAAAUGUAAUUUAAUAUCUGUUAUGUUUGUAAUAAUUAUGAACAAUAUAUACAUUGGACCUCAUUUCUCAAUCUUCUCAAUAUUUUCAUUUUUCCAUCUGAACUAAAAAUUCACACCAGAUUAACAGAAUUUUGUUUACAGUUGGGGGGGCACGGCUCACACCUCCAGGGUCGGGGUUCGAUUCCCGCCUCCACCUUGUGUGUGUGGAGUUUGCAUGUUCUCCCCGUGCCUCGGGGGUUUCCUCCGGGUACUCCGGUUUCCUCCCCCGGUCCAAAGACAUGCAUGGUAGGUUGAUUGGCAUCUCUGGAAAAUUGUCCCUAGUGUGUGAUUGCGUGAGUGAAUGAGUGUGUGUGUGCCCUGCGAUGGGUUGGCACUCCGUCCAGGGUGUAUCCUGCCUUGAUGCCCAAUGACACCUGAGAUAGGCACAGGCUCCCCGUGACCCGAGGUAGUUCGGAUAAGCGGUAGAAGAUGAAUGAAUGAAUGAAUGAAUGUUUACAGUUGCUUUCAUUCUUGCAUACAAAUACUGAGAAACGCAAUUAUGGGCAGGGCUGGUUGACAUUUAGCCACGUAUACAAAACUCUGUAAAACAAAUAUAAUUAUAAAAAUAAUUAAGCAUUAACAUUUUAAACAAAUUAAAUAAACAUUUAAAUACUUAAUCUUAUAAGUAUGCAUGUCAACAUUUGUACGAUAUGGCGGCAGUCAUUUACGUCAAUGUUUCACAUGAGUAAUAAGUAAAUGUACACAAUCUUAGGUGUUCUUGUAGGACAUGAAAGCAAAUGAACUGAAUUUUCAUUUGCAAGCACCACAUUUCUCAUGUGAACAAUAAAUUUGUUCAGAUUAAUAAAUGAAGUCCAAUGUGAUGAAAAAUGCCAUAACGAUUUUUUGUUUUUGUUACUCUAUUUUGCAAUAGUGGGAAUGGAAAAAUCAGUCUCUGAGGUUUUUUUUUUUUUACUGUCCAUAUUUUUUCCGUGUAAUUUCCGAUUUGCGAAAUUUUUAAAAUCACAAGCACAGGAUUCUUCUUUUUUUUUUCUCCAACCAGUGAAGACACCUUCGCAAAAAUUAAAAUACUGUUUAUUUUAGAUUAGAUUGUCAGUUGUUUUUUAAAGAUCAAGUCUCUGCAGAAUAUAUUUGAAAUAACUGCUCCUGUUGGUCCAAAAGAAAUGUAAAAAAAUAUAUGUUUAAAUUAUACAUUAGAGAAAUUGAAGCAAAUAUUUUUUGUAUUGUUCCACAUUUUGUAAAAGUUUAAAAUGGGUUGUUAUAAACCAAAUGGCACAUAAUGGCUAAUUGGGUUUCCAAAUUUGGCAAACCCUAAGGCUAACUUGGGAAUUCUGAAAGGAAUAAGGGAUAUAAUUUUUGUCAGAAGUAUUCAUGAUUAUAAUUUAUGAGGAAAAGUGAGUUUAGAAAGACUUUCUAAAGCUGUGUUUAAUUAUCUUUGCUAAAUCCUGUGCCUUUGUUAGUGUUCACUUGUACAAAUUUGUGCUAGCCUGUUUUAUUUGCGGACGGCUUUUUCAUGAGUGCUGCACUAGUUUUGUAGUUAGCAGUUCAUAAGGUGGUGUUGCUCUAUUCGAAAUUAAGGAAAUGACUUAAAUAAUUACCAUAAGUAGAGCUCAUGUGGCAAAUAAGAUGCAAUCGAAGUGAGCGGAAAUUGCUAAUCAGAGAAUCUAGUCUGAAAGACUCUCAAGCUAACCGCAUCUGGAGCGUCUCACUCGGACUAGCACCUCACUUUACAUCGCAUUUAAUGCUGAAACAACACGAACUGCAAAUACAGCUAGCUAAUGUUAGCAAAGGAUGAGGAGAAUUUUUCUGUGGUAAAGAUCAGCUGUAAGGCAUUGUCAGAAUUUGAACUCUAGAUCACCUGAGAAUAAGGAAAAUGAUUUUCUGUUGUGCCACUUGAGAGUGCCAUUUUUUAAUUUUUUUUUUUUUUACCUUUUUUUAGUUUUAGCUAACUAGCAUACCAUCGCUGUCGGGUGGAAUCCUCGUAUCUCCAAAACCGCUAUUUUUCAGGAAAUUAAGGAAAAAUUCCAGGAAAUUCUAGGAAAUUCCUUAUCUGCAGUGCACAGGGUUUAGUCCGCGUUGCAGUGGAUUGUCUUGCGCUAAAUUCCUGUCCUCAGACGGGCACCAGAACUAGCAGGGGUCAAGAUUUUUUUUUCUUUGAGCCCAGUGUUUUGAAGACAUUUACCUCAGAAGACGUGUUGAUUCGUUGCGACUCUUCUUGAGGAGAAAUAUGCCACGAAGCUCUCCCGCGGAGUGAGGAAGAGGUGGACAGUUGAAGUGUCCAAUGGAGUUAUGAGAUUUGCGCUCAAGCCAUUUUCAAGACUUUAGAUUGGUUAAUAACUUGUAAAAAUAACAGACCCACGUGGGGACUGACCAAUAGUAUCGAUAUGUGAAAAUAUAUGAAAUUGACAAAAUUUGGACAUACGAGGUUUCCACCUAACACCUGGAUUUUCACCUGGAAAAGGUUUCCACCUUUUUUUACUUUUACACAAAUAAUUUGUAAAUUGUGUAAUAUUUCUUUCAUGCUUUAUUAUAUUGUGAAUAUUUAUUUCUUUUCUUUGUUUUUCUUUGUUUGUUAAUAACAUGCUUACCUUUUAAAACAAACAAAACAAUAGCAAUACUGUCUUCAGGUUGCCUUUCCAGCAGCAUUUUCUUUAAGGUGUUAGUCAAAUACUGCUUUUACUUUUAAAGGAAAGUUUUGCCAAUGAAACUAAUUUUCCUUUUCCAUUCCACUGACUCAAAAGCAAUUACUUCCACAAGACACGGUUUACUUCCACAUGUAGCUUCUUUAGUUUGACAUUUUUUAAGCUACAAGGCUAAUAAUGCAAUUCUAUUUGCAUUGUGCUAACUGUGUACCAAAAUUUAUCUGGAUGCUGACUGAUAUUUAUGUAUAUUUAACUUUAACUAUGUAUUUAUUCUGUAGUUUUAAUGAUUUCUACAGGCAGUUAGCAUGAUGCUAAAUGAAACCAUAACUUGUCAGCUAUGUUAGUCUCAUACUUCUUAUGCCAACAAGGUCAAGAAAUGACUUUGGAAACUAAAUAUGCUUUAUUGAGUACAUCUGACGCAAGUGGAAAUUAUUUUUUGGUUGAUUACUGAAAUAUUUACCUAAUAUUUACCUGUAUAUUUUGUUAAUUACCUAAUAUACAGGAUUUCCAACUUGAAAUUGAACAAUUUAACAAGUAGGUUUGCUGCUUACAUUUACAAAACAGAGAAUGAGGCUUUUGUCUACAAUAUACUUAAGCUUAAUUUUCUCAGAAAAUGAGCGGGUAGAGAAUUAAUUCAAAUUUUGUGAUAUGUUUUUUGAUCCAAGUUUGGAAAUCAGUAAUAAAAUGCAAAAUUGAUCAUAAAUAGAACAUUUUAGCAGCAUUUUUAUCGUAUCAAUGAAGUACAAUGUUAACAAGUAAAAUGCAAAAUUCAUAAAGUAAAAUUUUAACCUAGAUUUUGUUUGUUUGUUUUGUGCAAAAUGUCUUAAAUGCUGGAUGUACAAUAUAAAAAAUAGUUUACAAAAAAAAAAGUUAUGGUAACUGUCAGAGCAGACUGGAUGAAAAUGAAGAUUUUAUGAAAAUCUGCCUGAAUCAGGUAAAAAUAUAUGAUUUCUUCUUUACUGUAUAUUUUGUUAGUAAUUUUUUGUUUUUCUGAAGUUUCGUUUGGUUAUUAUACUUAUAUGAGGAUGUAUCAUGUAAUAAAAAAAAAAUCAGACAUAAAAAUACAA